AGUGUCAUUAAGGGAUGUGACUAUAGAUUUCAGCAGAGAAGAAUGGCAGCACCUGGACCCUUCUCAGAGAAACCUCUACCGGGAUGUGAUGCUGGAGACCUACAGACACCUGCUCUCCAUAGGAUAUCAAGUUCCUGAAGAAGAGGUUGUCAUGUUGGAGCAAGGAAAAGAACCAUGGGCUUUACAGGGUGAGAAUCCACAUCAAAGCUGUGCAGGACACAAAUUACAGGACCAUAAUCAAUGUGGAAAAGUCCUCAGUUACAAACAAGCGUUCUCUCAACAUCAGAAAAUUCAUCCUGGGGAGAAAUCUUAUGACUAUGCUGAAUUUAGAAAGAUCUUCACCCAGAAGUCACAGCUCAAGGUAUAUCUGAAAGUUCAUGCAGGACAAAAACUCUAUGUGUGUACUGAAUGUGGGAAGGCUUUUAUAGAAAAGCUAGAAUUCAUUAUGCAUCAAAGAACACAUACUAGAGAGAAGCCGUAUAAAUGCAAUGAAUGUGGAAAAUCCUUUUUCCAAGUGUCUUCUCUCUUUAGGCAUCAAAGAAUUCAUACUGGAGAAAAACUCUAUGAAUGCAGUGAAUGUGGGAAAGGCUUCUCUUACAACUCAGAUCUCAGUAUACAUGAGAAAAUUCAUAGUGGAGAAAGACACCAUGAAUGCAGUGAUUGUGGAAAAGCAUUCAUACAAAAGUCCACUCUCAAGAUGCAUCAGAAAAUUCAUACAGGUGAGAGAUCCUACAUAUGUAUUGAAUGUGGACAGGCUUUCAUUCAGAAGACACACUUAACUGCACACCGAAGAAUUCAUACUGGAGAAAAACCAUUUGAAUGCAGUAACUGUGGGAAGUCCUUCAUAUCUAAGUCACAACUUCAGGUACAUCAACGAAUUCACACAAGGGUAAAGCCCUAUAUGUGUACUCAAUAUAACAAGUUCUUUCACAAUACUUCCAACCUAAUUACACAUAAGAAAGUUCAAAUUAGAGAGAAAUCCUCCAUAUGUGCAGAAUGUGGGAAAGCAUUUACCUACAGAUCAGAGUUGAUUAUACAUCAGAGAAUUCACACUGGAGAGAAGCCUUAUGAAUGCAGUGACUGUGGAAAAGCCUUCACUCAGAAGUCAGCACUCACAGUGCACCAGAGAAUUCACACAGGAGAAAAAUCAUAUGUAUGCAUGAAAUGUGGGUUGGCUUUUAUCCAGAAGGCACACCUGAUAGCACAUCAAAUAAUUCAUACUGGAGAAAAACCUUACAAAUGUUGUCACUGUGGCAAAUUCUUUACUUCCAAGUCACAACUCCAUGUGCAUAAACGAAUUCACACAGGAGAAAAACCCUAUGAGUGCAAUAAAUGUGGAAAGGCAUUCACCAACAGGUCAAAUCUCAUUACACAUCAGAAAACUCACACAGGAGAAAAAUCUUAUGUAUGCUCUAAAUGUGGGAAGGCCUUUACUCAGAGGUCAGAUUUGAUUACACACCAGAGAAUCCAUACUGGAGAGAAACCUUAUGAAUGUAGUACCUGUGGGAAAGCCUUCACUCAGAAAUCACAUCUCAAUAUACACCAGAAAAUUCAUACUGGAGAGAGACAAUAUAAAUGCCACGAGUGUGGGAAAGCCUUCAACCAGAAAUCAAUACUCAUUGUGCAUCAGAAGAUUCAUACAGGGGAGAAACCAUAUGUAUGUACCGAGUGUGGAAGAGCCUUCAUCCGGAAGUCAAACUUUAUUACUCAUCAGAGAAUUCAUACUGGAGAGAAACCUUAUGAAUGCAGUGACUGUGGGAAAUCUUUUACCUCCAAAUCUCAACUCCUUGUGCAUCAACGAAUUCACACAGGAGAGAAACCAUAUGUGUGUGCUGAGUGUGGGAAAGCCUUUAGUGGUAGGUCAAAUCUCAGUAAACACCAGAAAACUCAUACAGGAGAAAAGCCCUACAUGUGUUCUGAAUGUGGGAAGACCUUCAGACAGAAGUCAGAGUUGAUUACACAUCAUAGAAUUCAUACUGGGGAGAAACCUUAUGAAUGCAGUGACUGUGGGAAGUCUUUCAUUAAGAAAUCACAGCUCCAAGUGCAUCAGCGAAUUCACACAGGAGAGAAGCCUUAUGUAUGUGCUGAGUGUGGGAAGGCCUUUACUGACAGGUCAAAUUUGAAUAAACACCAGACAACACACACAGGAGACAAACCCUACAAGUGUGCAAUCUGUGGUAAAGGUUUUGUUCAGAAAUCAGUGCUCAACAUGCAUCAGAGUAGUCACACUUGAGAGAAACAGAGUAACACCUCACUGAGGACAGGUUUGAUUGUACAUCAUUAAAUUCAUACAGUGGAGUAUUAUUUUAAAUAAAUGUCCACAUCAAAA